AUGGGGUUUGGAACAAAGUGGAUGAAAUGGAUUCGUGGUUCUAUUUUCAAUAGCUUUGUCUCCAUUCUCAUCAAUGGCAGUCCGUCAAAGGACUUUAGGGUUGGCAGGGGGUUGAAACAGGGCGACCCUCUUGCUCCUUUCCUGUUCGCUAUAGCUGCAGAAGGGCUGUCAAGCUUGGUGAAAUCAGCGGUUGCCGGUAAUAUGCUUUCCCAAUUCAUGAUACAUGGUCAACCAACAGUGAGUAUUCUCCAAUUUGCUGAUGAUACUCUACUCAUUGUAGACGGGUCGACGUCAAAUAUUUGGGCCUUCAAGGCUAUUCUUAGGGCCUUCGAGUUAAUUUCAGGUCUCAAAACUAAUUAUUUCAAAAGCUGUUUGUAUGGGAUUCAUAUUGAACCUGAUUUUUUAGUGGCUGCUGAAGAUUUUCUUCAUUGUAAAUCGGGAAAGUUGCCUUUUAGCUUCCUUGGUAUCACUGCUCCUCAAAAGGAAGAUGGCGGUCUGGCUAUUAAGCAUGUGGGUCGGUUCAAUAGUUCUUUGUUGGCAAAGUGGCUUUGGAGGUUCCAAACUGGCGGCAAUGAAAUAUGGAGGAACACCCUCACUAUCAGAUACGGUAACCUUAGCAUUAAGACGCAAACUUUCUCCGAUGUUGAUAGUUCGAAGUCCGAUUCAUUAUGGAUGAAGGAUAUUAUGAACAAUGCAUCACUAAAUUCUCAUACCAACUUCUGCAAGUUCACGGCCUGCUCCGUUGGUGAAGGUAACGAUGCGGCGUUUUGGCAGUCAGUUUGGAUCGACGACAUGCCGUUAAAAGUCAGAUUUAAUGGCUUGUUUCAAUGUUGCUCUUUGAAGUCAGUAUCAGUCCGUGAUAUGGGAUACUGGGAGGAUGGGAAGUGGAAUUGGAAUCUGAGAAAUUCGUUGUUGGAUUCAGACAAUCCUCCUGAACCAGAUUGGUCUGACUGCUGUAAGUUGCUGGAAAAUAUCUCAGUUAUCCCUGGUGAAUCUGACAAAAGGCGGUGGAGUCUUCAUGAAUCUCUAAUUUUCAAGGUUAGUUCUUUCUAUUCAGUCUUAUAUUCCUCCUUAUCUGAACAAGACAUUGGUUCAGAUUGUGCAUCCCAUAUUAAGUCCAUAUGGAAGACGGUUAUUCCGGCGAAAGUGCAAACGCUCAGUUGGAGAUUGGCGCUUGAUAGAUUGCCUACGAGAUCUAAUUUAUUGAAGAGAAGGGUGCUUAAUUCCGAGCAAGAUUUGGAUUGUGUGGUUUGUUCUAGUAGCCUGGAGGACGUAUCCCAUAUUUUCUUCUCGUGCUAUAAAUCUACUCAGGUUUGGAACAAGAUCUGUGAAUGGGCGGAUAUAGACAUAAUAUCAGAAAAUUGUUGUUAUUCUCACGCUAAGGUGUGGAACACAAGCCUUAGUGGACGGUGUCAAGCGAAUAGAGUAAACUCGAUUUGGUUUAUUACUUGCUGGAAUAUCUGGAGGUCUAGAAAUGAUUGUAUUUUUAAUAAUGUAGUUACUGAGGUCGACAGUAUUGUAUUCGACAUAAAACUCAAUUCUUGA